AUGACGGGGUUUAAUUUAAGACUAAUUCAGUUCUUGUUAACAUUUAGUAGUAUAGAAACAAUACCUAAUAAGGUAAAGAAUGAGAAAAGUCAAACAACACCAUAUUUGGGUGAUUUCAUUUCUCAAGUUACACCGAGUGUUUCAAAUGAGUUUGCGGGCAAAAAUACUACUCCAAUAGGAUAUACUAGCACCCCUGAGACCCUAGACUCAAUGAACAAGUCCAGUACAGGCAAAUAUGUUGCAGGCCAAGCUAAGGACUCUCCUAAUAUGUUAUCGCUGGGUUCUAGCAAUUUUGCUUACGAAGAUGACGAUGGGUACUACCCAAUAAGACAGAGAGGAAAAUUGAAGCAUUCUCAACAGAAUAGUGCCAUAGCUCGAAGAAAGACCCAUCCUUUCACUAUUAGAGAAGACCCUUAUUCUGAAACAGAUGAGAAGCAGCAACCUUACAAGAAAUUGAAAAUCACCAGCACUGACAUACCUAAAGCAGCAGAUAUAGCAAAUAACCCACGAAAACAGGAGGGUCACUCUGAAGAUCCAGUUGAUGGAGAGAACGAUGAAAGCUACGUUGAUAAUGACCAAGACACCACUAACACUACAAAGAAUGAUAUAUUUUCGGUAAGAGGUAAAGACAUUGACCUUAGUACGUUGGCCACACAUGUAACUGUUUCGGAUCCUACUGAAUCCAAAAAUGGUUAA